AUGAGUGAUAGAACUCCACUGCUCUCAUUGCUUUCCAUCCUCAUCUUUCUUUACCAACCAUCACAAAUCUCAGAUUCUUCUUCUUCUUCUUCCUCUUCCUCCUCCUCUCACAACGAUUUGAUACAUUGCCUGCUCAAUCAUUCCGAUCAUUCUCACCGUAUAACUCCGGCGAUUUUCACUCCUGAUAAUGCCUCUUUCUCUACAGUAUUACAAGCCUACAUCAGAAACCUCCGUUUCAUCAACAACUCAUAUACCAGAAAACCAUACCUUAUUCUCACUGCCUUACAUGUUUCCCAUGUCCAGGCGGCCGUUAUUUGUGGCCGAAAGCUCAACUUACAGAUGAAGAUCCGAAGCGGAGGACACGACUAUGAAGGCGCGUCAUACAGAUCCGACAACCCUUUCUUCAUCCUCGACAUGUUCAAUCUCAGGUCCAUCGACGUCGAUAUAGACACCGAGACGGCGUCGGUUCAAGCCGGAGCAACUCUCGGCGAGGUCUAUUAUAGAAUAGCAGAGAAGAGCAAAAUCCAUGGCUUCCCAGCUGGGGUCUGUCCCACAGUUGGUGUCGGAGGACAUAUUAGUGGCGCUGGGUAUGGGAAUCUGAUGAGAAAAUAUGGUACGUCGGCGGACAACGUUGCCGAUGCACAAAUAGUCGAUGUUCAUGGAAGAUUACUUGAUAGAAAAUCUAUGGGCGAAGAUCUUUUCUGGGCCAUUACAGGUGGUGGAGGAGCUAGUUUCGGAGUUGUAAUCUCGUACAAAUUGAAGCUCGUACGAGUCCCCGAGGUUGUCACUGUGUUCGAAGUUGCUAGGACAUUAGAACAAAAUGCCACGGAUAUAUCAUACAAGUGGCAACAUGUUGCUCCAAGUAUUGAUAAUGACCUUUUCAUCAGGGUUAUUAUUGAAGUGAUUAAUGCUAGUGAAAAUGGUAAGAACAAGACUGUGAGGAUUACAUUCAUAGCCUUGUUCCUUGGGGACUCCGAAAGGCUUCUUUCUCUUAUGAACCAGAGCUUUCCCGAACUGGGUUUGAAGCAAUCGGAAUGUAUAGAAACAAGUUGGCUUAGAUCGGUGUUGUUUUGGGCGAACAUUAAUAUUACAAAGCCUUUGGAGAUUUUACUUGAUAGGACACCUCAGUUAGUAUAUUACUUGAAAAGGAAGUCUGAUUACGUUAAGGAACCUAUUAGCAAAGAAGGUUUUGAACAGAUUUGGAAGAAGAUGAUUGAGUUGAAGGACGCUGUUAUGUACUUUAAUCCUUAUGGUGGACGAAUGGCUGAGAUUCCAGCCACUGCAAUUCCUUUCCCUCAUCGAGCUGGGUACCUAUGGAAGAUACAAUAUCAAGGGAACUGGCACGAGGCAGGGAAAGAGGUAGAAGAUUAUUACGUAGAACUAACAAGAAAACUCCAUGACUUCAUGACUGACUAUGUUUCGAAGAGGCCUCGAGCAGCAUACCUGAACUAUAAGGAUCUUGACUUGGGAAUCAACCACCAUGCUGAAAGUUGCUACCAAGAAGGUAGAGUUUAUGGUGUGAAUUACUUCAUGGACAACUUCCAUAGGUUGGUUCGAAUUAAAACCAAAGUUGAUCCUUUCAAUUUCUUUCGAAAUGAACAAAGCAUCCCUGUACUACUCUGAUACCAAACAGUUUCAUAUAUGAUUUCGAAAAUUAAGAGUGUCAUAAGGCUAUGAAAACUAAACAUCAUUCAGUAAAA